AUGGUAGUGGCAGUGCCCCUUCUGAACGUGAUGAGGAAGGUGAGAGGGAGAAGGAGGAGGAAGAGGAGGAAGGGUGGGGAGGGGGAGCGGAGGAGGAGGGAGAAGAUAAAGGAGGAGAAGCAGGAGGAGAAUGAGGAGAUGGAGAAGGGGAAGAAGGAGGAGUGGGAGGAGAAAGAGGAGGAUGGGGAGGAGGAGGAUCAUCUACAGUAG